AGGAAAGUUCAAGAAAAAAAAAAAAAGCGAAGCUCUCUCUCUUGUUGGUAGCUAAAAAAAAAGGCUCCAUUUUCGAUUCCUUUUUCUCUUAAUUUUCUUUAGAGAAAGAGAGAGAUGGCUUCCUUUGAUGCGUACGGAAUGGAAGGAGAAGAGAUUCAUGCAGCUGCAGCACCUAAUAACCAUCCUUUCGAUGUAGACGACGACGAGAGCUAUUCCAAUUACGGCUCUUACUCUAACUUCACCGACAAUCAGCAAUUCCCGGCCGACGGUGGUGAUGUGGCGGUGGAUCACUUGGCUUCUUCUCCUGAGAUCUUCGGCUUCGGAUCUUCUGAUCCGCCCUCUUCUUUCUCGCAAUCUCCUUUCGGUACUACGAUUCCUGUUGAAAACGGAAACGGAACGAAUGGAUUUAGCGGUGCAAACGACGAUGUUUUCAGUUCUGAUGGUCCUGUGCUUCCUCCUCCUACUGAGAUGGCGCCAGAGGAAGGCUUCCUUCUUCGCGAGUGGCGGCGUCAAAAUGCCAUUCAGCUUGAAGAGAAGGAGAAGAAGGAAAAGGAAUUGAGGAACCAAAUUAUAGAAGAAGCUGAGGAGUACAAGCGAGCAUUCUACGAGAAGCGGGAAAAAACCAUUGAGACCAACAAAACUAACAACAGAGAAAGAGAAAAGCUAUACGUGGCUAACCAAGAAAAGUUCCAUAAGACUGCUGACACGCACUACUGGACUGCAAUAGCAGAACUCAUCCCCCGUGAGGUCCCUAACAUUGAGAAAAGAGGCAAGAAGGAUGCAGAAAAGAAACCAUCAGUAUUUGUCGUCCAAGGACCGAAACCUGGAAAACCGACCGAUCUUUCAAGAAUGCGACACAUUCUUGUGAAGCUGAAGCAUUCACCUCCACCUCACAUGAUUCCACCUCCACCCGCUCCAGCAAAGGACACUAAAGAUGGAAAGGAUGCUAAAGAUGGAAAAGACUCGAAAAACGUUGACAAGGCUGCAUCGAACGGAACUGCAGAGAAAGGGGCAACCGUUUCAUCUGCAAAAGAUGGCGCCGCCACCUCCUCUGAACAAGAUGCCGCCGCCACGACCGCUCCCGCCAAGGACCAAACUGUUGCGGAAUCAGAGGCAACAGCAGCCUAAUUGCUUACAACACAUUUUCCAUGGUUGUUUCCUUGCCCUAUUCUUUUUUGUUUUUGCUCAAGGUUUCGAUUUCAAAUUGCAUUCCCUAUUAACAUGGUAUUUUCCUGGGAAGGAUUUAGUACCAUUAGUUACAUACACAAGUACUAUUCUUAAUUAGUUUUUUUGUUUUUUUUUUAAACAUUUCAUGAGGUUGGACGUCAACUGUGAUCGUUUUAUUUUGCUGGUUGAAUUGACUUUGUGGACUUAUUAUGUUGCUUGCAAGGUUACAAAAUUUGUCUAUAA